CGCAAGAGCCCGGCCUCGCGCGUGCCACCCUCCCUGGCGCUCAGCCUAUCCGCAGCCGGGGGGGCAAGCGAGCGAGCGGCGGCGGCUCAGUCACGUCCCUGUGACCGCCCGGGAGCGUCCGUCUGCCUGAGUGCCAGUGCCGGGCUUGGCUGCGCUCGCUAUGCUGGCCUCCGCGCAGGGAAGAUCCGCCCCGUUCCAGUCCUCCCCCGCCGCCGCGCCAGCUGCCACUCAUCAGACGCCUUGCUGCAGCCACGGAAAAAGCCGGGAGAGCGAGAAAAUGGCUGUUCCUCCUGCUUAUGCUGACUUAGGAAAAUCUGCCCGAGACAUCUUUACCAAGGGAUAUGGAUUUGGGUUAAUAAAGUUGGAUUUAAAAACAAAAUCUGAAAAUGGUUUGGAAUUCACAAGUUCAGGUUCAGCAAACACAGAAACAAGCAAAGUUACUGGAAGUUUGGAAACCAAGUACAGAUGGACAGAAUAUGGCUUGACUUUCAUAGAGAAAUGGAAUACUGACAACACACUAGGCACAGAGAUAACUUUAGAAGAUCAGCUUGCACGUGGACUGAAGCUGACCUUUGACUCCUCAUUUUCUCCUAACACUGGAAAGAAGAAUGCUAAAGUUAAGUCUGGAUACAAACGAGAACAUAUCAACUUGGGAUGCGACAUGGAUUUUGAUAUUGCAGGUCCAUCAAUACGUGGUGCCUUUGUCUUUGGCUAUGAAGGUUGGCUGGCCGGCUACCAAAUGACUUUUGAAACAGCGAAAUCCAGAAUAACUCAGAGUAACUUUGCUGUAGGCUAUAAGACUGAUGAAUUUCAGCUUCACACCAAUGUGAAUGAUGGUACAGAAUUUGGAGGUUCUAUUUAUCAAAAGGUGAACGAUAAAUUGGAAACUGCUGUCAAUCUUGCUUGGACAGCUGGAAACAGCAACACUCGCUUUGGAAUAGCUGCCAAAUAUCAAAUUGACCCAGAUGCAUCUUUCUCAGCUAAAGUGAAUAAUUCCAGCUUGGUUGGUUUAGGAUAUACUCAGACUUUAAAACCAGGUAUCAAAUUGACAUUGUCAGCGUUGUUGGAUGGGAAGAAUGUCAAUGCAGGUGGCCACAAACUAGGUCUAGGACUGGAAUUUGAAGCAUAAAAAAGGGAUUAUACCACUGGUAAUUCUGAGAUGCUUUACAGCAUAGCUACCUUCUGAAUUUAGUGUACUUUUCAAUGUUUUAUGUCCGGGAUGCAAUUAUUGCCAUGUAUCAGUCCUGUUGAACCUGGUUAAAGAUAGCUAAGUUUCAAAAUGUGUGUUUCCGGGGAAGAAUAAUAUGUUUUCUGUGGUUCCAGACUUCUUGGGAAUGUUUGUGGGAUGUAACUAUUAUAUGAAGGUCUGCUUCUGUCCUUUGCUGAGGAUAACAGUUGCUGUAAAAGAAGUUCAUGCUAUAAAAAUGUCAAUCCACUACAGCGUCUAGGAAAUGCACUUUCCUGCCAUUGAAUGAUCAGGCUUUGUUCUGUGAUGGAGUGUGCAAAUUGGUUUGAAAAGGGACUGCUUAGGCUGAUGCAUCAUACACUGUUUAAGUCUUACUUUAGUACUCCCUCUUACACCUACAGCUCUUUUUACACCAACAGCUUGUCCUUGGAGUGCAUUAGAGUGUUCACUUUGUAUAACUUUAGCGUGUAGAAAGUAUGAUGUGAUUCAGCCAAUAAAAUUCACAUCCUGUGUUGUGGUUCCUUUCCCUUGUACUAAUUAUGGAAAAGCUUGAACGACACAGCCCUGAACAAGGAAGUCUUUGUAAUCGUAAUCACCUAGUGGCAUUGCAUUAAACGAAAUGGACUUUGUUUUAUCUUUUUUUUUUUUUUUAGCAGUAAUGAGUACAUUUUCAGUCUUCCAUUUGUGUGUAUGUGUGUGUGGAAGUAGACCCCUCCCCCAUGCUGUACUGGACACCACUUAAAAUUGAAAAAACCCGACUUGAAUAAAACAUUGAAACUUCA